AGAAACUGUGGCCGUAUGGAGAGGGUAUCCCCACCAUAAAGAAUUUAUAAUAGCGGAUGUAUAACUGUGAUUCGUAUAACUUGUACAAGUAAAUUCUUUAACAUGACUGACGGUAAAAACGAUAAAAUCAAAGUAGAUCUGGGAUUACUUGAAGAAGAUGAUGAAUUCGAAGAAUUCCCAGCAGAAGAUUGGACGGCAAAAGAUGAAGAUAAUGAAGAUAUUAGUGUAUGGGAAGAUAAUUGGGAUGAUGACGAUGUUGAAGACGAUUUUAAUCAACAAUUAAGAGCACAACUAGAAAAACAAAAAGGUCAAGGUGAACCAACAAAAGAAGAUUAAAUGGUCUGCAACAUUUAAUAGAAAUCAAUAAUUGUGACAUCAAGACAUCUAACAUUUGCAUAUUUAAAUCCAGAUUAAUCUUUUUUAUUUCAUAUGAAGUAAGUAAAUAUUUUAGAAUCUUCUGUGUAUCUUCCUCCCCAAAAAUAAGUUUCAUAUCACUUGGGAUUUUUUUUUGCAAUAUUUCAAAUAUUUUAUCCUUUACAAGUAUAACAGAUUCUGCUGUGACGUUACUUUGUGAAUUACAUGUAAAUGACAUAUUACUUAAAUUGUCUGAUAACUUCGAAAUAAUUUUCUGGAAAUAAUUAUGUACAUAUAUAUAAAUGCAUAACAAAUAGUAAUAUUUUAUAUAUUUUA